GUCACCUGCCCAAAUAUGGUCACGAGGUCUCCAGAAAGCGGUGAGAUGUUGGCUCCGCCCCUUCCACGCAGAUCACGUGAGCGGUUACCUGCACUUCCGCCAUACAAAAGUUUGGCGCAGCUCAUCCGCGCUCCCUUUUUGUUUUUUGGCGUCUGCAGGUCAUCAAGGAUAAGCAUGGCAGAUGAAAAUUUUCAUUCUGGGGAAUCUGGGGCGUCCGCCACAUACCCCAUGCAGGCCUCAGCCCUGAGGAAGAACGGCCAUGUCAUGCUUAAAGGGCGCCCAUGUAAGAUUGUAGACAUGUCUACCUCCAAGACUGGCAAGCACGGGCAUGCCAAGGUGCACCUCGUUGGACUUGACAUUUUCACUGGCAAGAAGUAUGAAGAUAUUUGCCCAUCAACUCAUAACAUGAACGUCCCACAUGUGAAGAGGACAGACUACCAGGUCAUAGGUAACAAUGAUGGUUUUUUGAGCCUGAUGGACGACGCUGCAGUUACCAGAGAGGACCUGAAAUUGCCGGAAGGCGAUUUGGGCAAAGAAAUUGAGAAGAGAAAUGCCGCCGAUGAGAGUUUUCAUGUCACCGUGUUGAAGGCUAUGGGUGAGGAGUCGGUAGUCGGCGUGAAGGCGCAGGUCAAUUAAGCUGAGCUCCCCUUUUUGCUGCUACGCUGCCUGCCUCCAUUGCACAUUUUGGCGAAGAGCGUCACUGCUGCGUCACCUCUCAAGUGGAGCCGGAUUGGGGCAGGUUCCGUUUUUUUUUUUUUUUUUUUUAAACCCCGCUACUUGCGCUCCAGUGACUGGCAGUCGAUGAAGUUUGCAUAAGAUUUCACCCAAAGCAUGGGGGGGGGGGGGGUUAUUAUUGCGUAUCUGGAUGAUUCCUAGACCAAAAAAAAAAAAAGUCAUAGAUAUUUAUGGGCUGUUCAUGCACAAGUAAGUGAACAAUUCCAAAUUUAAAUUAGUCGAUUAAUGUCAGGCUAGACUGGCAGUUAAAAAAACAUUGAAAGGUUUUUCCCCGCCUCCUUAAAAAAUAAUUUAGAAGUUUGACACUGUUACAAACGUUGUCAUUUAACAUGCGUUCAUUUGUUAAAGCUGCAGAGUUAUGAAACGUUAGCCGCUCUCUUAGUGGCAGAAUUUUUCAUGUACAUUUGGCUGCUUUUUACGAAGACACCCCCGGCCCCCUUUCUUCCUUUU